AUGUCCUUCCUUUAUCGCUGGUUCGGACCCCUGUACGAUGCUAUUCUAUGUCCAGGUCUGCCCUUGAGCAUUCGCUGGCGCCUUGUCGCAUUACAGCCGGUAGUCUUCCUUACAAAUGCAAUUCAAUAUUGGCGUGGCAUACGUUCGAAACAUCCCAAGACCACGAUCUGGAUUCCCUUGCGGCGUGCCCCGGGUCACUCCGUUCGCGCUAUUGUAUACCACCCCCUCGAGAAAGCGCCUAAGAAUAAACCACGGGCUCUCCAUCUCAACAUUCACGGCGGCGGGUUCCUUGGAGGUCUCCCCGAAGGCAACACGCCGUUCUGUGAUCGAGUCGCGGCAGAGACUGGGGCAGUAGUGAUAUCAACAUCCCACCGAUACUCCCCGCGAUGUACUUUCCCCGUUGCGCACAGGGAUGUCCAAGAUGUAGCUGAAUGGUUGAUCGAAAACGCGGGGAGACUCUGGGACGCCGAUCCGAGAUUGCUGAGUGUGAGCGGAUUCUCAACUGGAGGGAAUCUGGCGCUGGGCGUUGCGCAAUGGUUGGCCCGGUCGGAGUUCAACGUGAAGGCAGCGGUGAUGUUUUACCCACCUGUUGAUCUGCGGCUGUCGCCAUGGGAAAAGCCGAAGCCGGCCACAUAUCCUGAUACCGAUCCUCUAGCUUUUGUUUGGCCCUUAAUGGACGCAUAUGCCGGAACAGAGCGAGAAAAGUAUCGGGAUAACUCAAUGCUCCAUCCCAUUCUGGCAGAUAUCGAGUUACUGCCAAGGAAUAUGCUGUUUAUUUGUGCGAAAGUCGAUAUUCUUCUCCAUGAGCAAACAUUGUUUGUGAAUAGACUGAAAGACGAAGCUGCAGCCCUUAAUCGCAAAAUCGAGUGCUCACAAGAAAUAUCUCAAGGUCAUCCGACCAAUAGGAGAGACAGAGUAUCGCUGGCGUCAGGAUGUGAGUCGGCUGCUCGCCGUCCUUAUCACAUCGAGGACAUGUUCUUCGACGAUCAGAUACAUGGAUGGAUUGAGGUGCCUUCAAUGUUCAUCGAUACCAAACUGAGAGACCAGGUCUAUCAUGAUGCAGUGCGGUUUCUGGACAAAGUCUAUACUUCCCAAGGAUGA